AUGGCAAUCACUUUGCCUGGGCUGGUAGUUCUGGCAUUUUCUUUCAGGGAGACACUACUACAGUUUAAAUGUGUUGGCAAGACUGAAGAGGCUGCUAUUGACCCCCCUAAGACACCUGACAGCGAACCCUUGUUUACAAAACUGCGCAACCCAAGCACAGGGGAAGCAACCCUUUACUUAUUCAAUAGUGGUGCACAGCAGCUGUUUGAAGUAAAAGCUUUUCACGAAGAACGUCGUUCCUGGUUUAUAGGUCAGACUGUUCAACAAGAUGGGCGCCUCCUGUUUGUUACACCAAUGGACCCCUUAUUUCUGAUACUUUACUACCUCAUAAAGGCAGACAAAGAGCAGCAAGGAAAGUUCCAGCCACUUGAUCAAGUUGUGCUAGACCCAGAAUACCCUAGCUGCCCAUUGCUGCUGAAGUGUGCAGAUGUUAAACAGUACAUACAGCACGUAACAGAGGAAAAAGAGAUUGGCAGUCAGAAAUUCCACAAAUACAGCCAAGAGAAGACACUGAAGUGGUUAAAGAAAAAGGUUAAUCAAACAGUGAAAGCACUUAAAAGCAACGAUAUAUCAGUAGGUGAAAGGGUGCUUGCAAGUACAUUUAUCAACAGUAAACAGAUCACAGAUGCUCAGGAAGAUUAUGUACGGUAUGCCCAUGGGUUAAUAUCAGAGUAUAUUCCUGAAGAUCUGAGUAAGGAGUUGUUAAAAUACUUGGGGCUCCCAGAACUUAGAAGCCCAGCACCAGAGCCACCACUGAAGAAAAGGAAAUUGUCAGAUGUCCCUGUGGAACCAGGAGAAGACUAUACUAAAUUUAACAGCGACAAUCUGAAAACCAAAAAGACAAACACCAAGAUGUCUGCAGCACAGAAGGCUCUGGCCAAAGUUGACAAGAGUGGAAUGAAAUCCAUUUCUUCUUUCUUCAGCUCCAAACCUAAAACAUCAAAAUAAAGACUUGUUUUUCAAAGAAUUUUCAAAGAAUUUUAUACAGUGGUUAUUUUUAUGUUAAGUUAAAGAUGUCUCCUGGAGUUUUUUGUUAGUAUAGAGUAUGCAGGGCAUGUCUGGGUAUGUGGGGAAUGUGAUGGAGAGGUCUGUGAGCUGGCAGGGCACAGAGCUGUUGGGUCUUGGUGGGACAAGGCAGCACCGUGAUAUCAGAUAUUCCAGCCUGGAUUGGGAAGAUGUCUCACCUGCGUUAACACUGUGCUGUGAGCUGAGAAGCAAGGCUUAGCAGUACUGUGCUGCUGCUCCUUCUAGAGCAAGCCCAGUCAAACCCACCACGGAGUUUUCUCCAUUACACUUCAUUCCAGGCUGAAAACUUGCCCUACUUCAAUGAUUUUUUUUUUUUUAAUUCAUAUGGAGCAUUAUUUUUUAAAAAUUUCUCAAGUUUUUUACCCACUAUUACACCAGAGUAGGAUGGCACCAUUGCAUUUUUAUUUUGACCCAAAUAUUAGCGCUGAUACAAGCCUUGUCAUUGGUGGUGGCAUUUUAUCGGAGCAAAGACACUCUCUGUAUGGGAUUUGGGUUGUUUUCAAUCUACUGGAAACAAAUGGCAAUGAAUGUCAGUGUACAUGUAAUGCAAUAAAGUGCUUUUUGUGACAAA